AGACAGCCAUGGGAUUGACAUCGGAAGACCCUGUGUCUCCCAAUGGUGGUCGCCACACUCAAUUCAAGGAAGCAUUGAAACACGAACUUCGAGCCCGUCUCAGCAAGACAGUACGUUCGAACGCAGGUCUUUCUUUUGAUGAGCGAAUUGAGAUUGCUGCGAAGGCCAAACAUGAUGAGACCUCGAAGCAAGAGCUGGUGCAGCGCAAAGCAUUGCAGGCUGCUGUAGAGAAGGGAAGGUCAAGGCCAACAUCAGCUCCAGUGCGACCAUCAAAACUGAGCCCAAACCAACAGGCCAUGCUCCAGGAGAGAAUGAAAAAGAUGAAGGAGCAGGAGGAUGAAUACAAGAAACAGGUCCAAGAAAUGAGACAGAAGAUGAACACGAGAGAGCCCUUGUUUCGUUUAUCUGACGUGCAAGCUGGGUUUGAGAUGCUACGGCAGCAGCAGGAGGAAAAGCGAAGGGAGCUGCAGCAAGAAGAGCAUGAACGAUGGGAGCACUUGCGUGCUGUCGAGGCCUUGUUCUCAAAGCCUUUAUAUAAUGAAUAUAGUUUAAUCUUGACAAUAAGAUAG